UCUGUACUCAUUCUUCUUUCCUUUCUGACCUUCUCACAGUCACAACUCAUCUGUUUUUGAUAACCAAUCCCUCCAUAACGACAUAGUGAUAAAGUCUUCUCUGAGGAUGUGAUGGAUUCUGGGGUGUCCUCCCCUGAAAAGCAGGAUAAAGAGAAUUUAAUUGAUGCCCACAGUAAAACCAUUGGGGCUUGUGGAUGGUUCCUGGUUUCCCUUUCUUUCCUGUUGAUGAUCAUCACCUUUCCUUUCUCCAUAUGGAUGUGCCUAAAGAUUGUUAAAGAGUAUGAAAGAGCUGUUGUGUUCCGACUUGGACGAAUCCAAGCAAAAAAAGCAAAAGGACCAGGUCUGAUCCUGGUGCUACCAUGUGUAGAUGUUUUUGUCAAAGUUGAUCUCCGAACUGUUACCUGCAACAUCCCUCCACAAGAGAUCCUCACCAGAGAUUCUGUAACUACCCAAGUGGAUGGAGUAGUCUACUACCGAAUCCACAGUGCUGUUUCUGCUGUGGCUAAUGUCACUGAUGUUCACCAGGCUACUUUCUUACUAGCCCAGACCACUUUGAGGAAUGUCUUAGGGACACAAACUUUGUCCCAGAUCUUAGCUGGCAGAGAAGUCAUUGCUCAUAGCAUCCAAACAAUACUUGAUGAUGCUACUGAACUAUGGGGUAUCCAAGUGGCCCGAGUGGAAAUAAAGGAUGUCCGGAUCCCCUUGCAGUUGCAAAGGUCAAUGGCGGCAGAAGCUGAGGCCACCCGGGAGGCUAGAGCCAAGGUGCUGGCAGCAGAAGGAGAGAUGAAUGCUUCUAAAUCACUGAAGUCAGCCUCCAUGGUACUGUCUGAAUCUCCUGUAGCUCUUCAGCUGCGCUAUCUGCAAACUUUAGCUACCGUGGCAACAGAGAAGAAUUCCACCAUUGUCUUCCCUCUGCCCAUGAAUAUAUUGGAAGGCAUAGGCAAUGUCAGCCAAAAUGAUCAUAAGAAAAAAAUAGAAAGAUAGAGACAAUCAAUUCCCUGGCCUAGCUCCAUUGCUCAGAGAAGUCCAAUCUGUUUUUAGUAGAGAAACAGGUAAUUGAACAUUUAAAAUCCAUUAAAAUUCAAAUUAAGUAAUAAGUAAUCCCACAGCUGGUAUAGAUAUAGCAAGGAAACAUGACUUAGAUUCUAGAGUGCUUUUAAAUGGCUGUGAGGAGUAAGGGUUUGGGGAGCUGGGAAUUAGCAAAAAUGGUGAGGAACUUGUAGUGUUUUCAUUCCAGUGUGGUAACUGGAUUUUCCAUGAGUAUCAGCAGGAACCUUUUCAGAACAGAUGAGGCUUACCUUUGUCAUUAAGACCUUUGUUUCUUCAAGUACAGUAGAAAGUUCAGGUAAUUUAUAAAAUAAUAUGUUCUAUAUUUCUACCUGAUCACUUCUUAAUAAUUCCAAAUUAGCUGUAUGUUAAGCAUCCUCAAAUAAUAAUAAUAAUAA